GCCCUCACCCCCAAACACCUACCACGAACCUUGCUGGUCAAAUUUGUCUUCUUGUACCUCUCCACAGCACACUACUCGAUGUGGAUAUUUUGUCACUGAGUCGACCUGGAGCCAGCAGUCUGCCGGGGGUUAAGGACCGACCCCCGUCUCUCCCUCCCCCCAAAGCCCAACCCGCAGUAAGGCCCGAGUGUUCAUCAGCAUGACAAAGCACCAGGGGGGUCAGGGCUUACUGGCACCACUCGCCAUUCCCUACCUGCCGUCAUCUGCAUUGGGAGCGCAUCGCGACCAUCAACUUGACUUCUGUGCUGAGAGGAGUGGUCACGACAAUGCCCCUCAUCUCAGUCGUCAUCCUCAGGGCAACCUAGCGAGGAGCUCCUCAUUCCAGGACUGGCAAAGGAACCCAAUCUCUGCGCCGGUGCUGAAGCGGAGUGCGUUUGCAGAGCAGCCGGCCCCAAUUUUGUGCGUUAGGGCGGCUCCUGCGCCCAUGGAGCCAGCUCUAUUAGAUGACCCCACAGCUGGAUACUACUCGGAGGCCUCGCAGGUCAAAAUGGAGCCGCCCGUCAAGCAUGAGCACCAGACUGGCCUGACUACCCCAUGGACGAAUGAUGGAAACAACGGGGGCAAGAAAAAGAACUACCAACGUUACCCAAAGCCGCCGUAUUCAUAUCUUGCCAUGAUAGCAAUGGUUAUUCAGAAUUCUCCAGAGAAGAAAUUGACACUGUCAGAGAUUUUGAAGGAGAUCAGCACACUUUUUCCCUUCUUCAAGGGGAACUACAAGGGUUGGAGAGACUCUGUCCGGCACAACCUCUCAUCAUACGACUGCUUCGUUAAGGUGCUGAAGGACCCCGGCAAGCCCCAGGGGAAGGGCAACUUCUGGACAGUGGAGGUGAGCCGCGUGCCCCUGGAGCUCCUGAAGCGGCAGAACACGGCCGUGUCCCGCCAAGACGAGACCAUCUUCGCCCAGGACCUGGCGCCCUACAUCCUCCAUGGCCACCAUCCCCACCACCAGCCCCCGAAGCCCGAUGCCGAGCCCCGCUCCAACCCCCCUCCCCUACCCCCCUUCCCCACCACGCACAGCUCCCCACCCACAGAGGACCUAUACCGGCCCAAACUGGACUCGUCCUUCGCCAUCGAUUCCCUUCUGCACAGCUUCCGGCCCCCCUGUCCUACAACAGGUGGAGGUGGGGAUGCGAUACGCAGCAGCAGGGACAGCUGGGGUGUCAUUGACCCCCCUCACCCCGUCUCUCCGCCCUCUGUGCACUACACCGCCUCCAACCGCAGUGCCUCCGCCAGCUCGGCCAGUCCCGCCUCUUCCUCCUCGGACGACGACUGGAGGGUGGCCCCCCGUGCCGGCCGGAAACGGACCCACGAGAGCGAGGCCGGCUCGGACGGCUACGACGACUCCUGUCCCCCCAACAAAUCCCUGCGGAGGGGGGGCAGCGCCCCGCCCUGGGAGCUGCCCACCUCCUACGCCAAGUACACGCCCCCCAACGCGGUGGCACCGCCCAGCAUGCGCUUCAACGGGGGGCCCUUCGUGCCUCUCGGGGGGCUGCCCUUCUACGGGUACGGCGCACCCCCUGGCGUGCCUUCUGGGCAUUUUGUGGGGCACAGCUACUGGCCCAUUCUGCCCAGUGGGCACGUCUCUCUACAGGCUCCCCCGCUGCUCAUGGACUUGGACAGCAUGCUGCAGUCGGUGCCGCCCAACAAGAGCGUAUUUGACGUUCUCAAUCCAGCUAGUCAGACGCAACAUCAUCCCCCGCCAAAUCAGUACGCCCUACAGAACGGACCCCCUCUAGCGCGAUAUCCCCAGUAUUAAGACUUUCCGAUCCCCCAUCCACAACCAUCCUAAAAACGAUGCUUUCUUCCCAGCCUCCCAACAGACAAACACAUUCCAAGUUUUCGAAGAAUGUAUUCCAAGUGCCAGAUUACUGAGUGGUCACUACUUCUGUAUUAAUUUGGCAGUGACCAAUGUUUGCCAAAGUUAACCCAUUGUUAUUGACCAAAGACUUUGCACUGCCAGUGUUUGCACUAUUUUACCCUUUUUUCGUUUCAUGUCAAGCGUUUUAUACAUGUUGAACGUUUACAGAUAUUGUUCACUGACUUGUAUUAUAAGCUAUGGCUGUUUUUAAAACUGUCGUGUUUGUGCAGGGAACAAUGUUGGUGCUAUAAAAUGAUUGCUCUGAACAGGGUUUGAGAGUUUACAUGUCAAUGCCCUUUCAUGGGUUGUGACCAGAAAGGUGUGUGUGUGUGUGUGUGUGUGUGUGUGUGUGUGUGUGUGACUGUGUGUGUGAGAGAGAGAGCGCCAGAAAAACUAUACUUUUCUGCGCAAACUGAAUGUAUUUUUUAAGCUAAGAAUGUUACUGUAAAUAUUCCCACUGUGCCUUUAUUGUACAUAUAAUUGUUGUUGAAUGUGUGUUACUCGUAAAGUUUACUAGCCAGUAACAAUGCCUAUUUUGCAAUCUCUCAGGGUCCAUUUCUUAAAUGUCUUGCAACACGUACAAGAUAGAUAUGUGUUGCAUCUUACUGCUACCUUUGGAAAUUCGUCAGAGCCGUUUUCAUCUACUGAUAAACUCUCCUCAUUUGAAUUGCACAAACCCUACUACCCCCGUCCUGUCCAGUCCUGCUCUAUCAGGCAAUGUGGGGGGGAAGGGCGUUAGUGUCGGGGGAGGUGGUGAUAGGUGCCUGACUUACUUGAAGCAAACUGUAAACACGUUUCCUUACCUCACUGGAAUGUCUUGAAAUACUUACAUGGUGUUUUUUCCCCGCUAAGUUAACAUACUACCUCCUGUUUUAGAAGGGGGUCAGAAUAACCCUGCAAAAUGUUUUAUGGUUCGUCCUUCCUUGCACAUAAAUACAUCAUUUCAUAUAACUGUCUUGUCCUUCUGUUUAAUCGUGUGGUGAUGGGAGUAAUUUCAUUGUAGGUAUUUUUCCCAACUGUAACUGAGCUCUUCGUGCGUUUGUGUGCCGCUCUUUUCCAAUCUGCCUCCAUUCCCACCGAUCACUGAUCCAUUCAAACAGAUCGUAAUCUCUGCAUUCCUGGCAGGACCAGGGUAGGCUGGCGUUGGUCAUCUCAGACCUCCUGCUGCCAUCCCUGACAUU